AAUCAUUCUAGCUCAAUCACCAAAUAACGGCAACCACAGCAGAUCGCCGCACUCAGUGGCCAUGCGAAAUUAUACGCCUAUCCAACCCGAACCAACAAAAGCGCACUUUGAUAUGUUUGAUCUGAGUCAAACCCUGCCAGAUCCACCCGUCGUUUUUCAGAUCGACCAACUCGCACUGCGCAACGAGCUGGAUCAGUGCACCAUAUCCGAGUUCCACCACCAGAGCCACCCGCAUGAGCACGUUCACAUGAUUGAUGAGCAACGGAUGGAUUGCAUACGAGCCAACGAUUUCGACGAUCAAGUCAAGCAACGGAUCCUCUACUCUUUACAAUCGGACAACGAAUGGGACGUCGAGUGGGCGCUCAACUACGUGGUGACCAUCUCGUUUGAACGCCCUGAAGAGCUACGAUUGGACAGAACUCCGAUGCUGCUAGAUCUGCUGUUGAAAUGGUCAAAACCCUUCCUCGAGGAUGGAAACAAUCCAAGCCCGAUACUGAAGGUGCUACACAUUUUGCGGAAUUUUUCCUUUCUUGAUUUCAACGCACAGAUUCUUGCGGCGGAUGUACGGUUAAAAUCAAUGAUCGAACAGGGCCUAAAUAUGUCCACUUCCAAAAACUUGGACGUUAGUCGCCACUGCAUUGAUGUGCUCGAACACAUCGCUCCUUAUAUCCAGCUGAACGGACCCUUUGACGAAUGCAUUGCCUGCCUCAACAACCUGCUGUACAUGCAGGAGCGCUACCUCUUGAUCGGCACACUGCGUAUCCUGACAACGCUUGCCAUGAAAGACAGUAAUCAAGUGUGCCUCAUAUCCGUUUCCAUGGCCACUGCACCGCGUACUGCGCAAUUGCUCGUCAUCAACGACGAGGAGCUAGUAGGCACUGUCCUCGAGUACUUGCACCAAUACACGGGUGUAUCUGCAGACUUUAGGCGCCAGCUCUUGAGCGCUCACUCGGGCGCAGAUGUCGGCGUGAUUGUGUCAUUAUUGUCGAUCAAGAGCAAAUACUUUAGCACCAAGUUGGUCGAGGACGGUACGCCACGCAGCAUGUCGCCAGCAAGUACAUCAGACAGUGAACCAUAUGAGCCGCAUGGCACUGUUCCAUGCGUACCUAAUUUGAGUGCAUAUCAGCAGCUUGAUGAACCUUACCGCUGUCUCGGAUGGCUCAAGGACAAGUUUCAAGUGACCAAUGACAACAGUAUGCUAUCGUUGGAUGACAUGUACAUGUUAUAUGAUAUGCGCUUUGGUCAAGAAAAGGCGUUAAAGAUGAAGGACUUUUAUACGGUGCUCAAGAUUGCUUUCCCGGGUACGCCAGAUUCUAUGAACGGCAGUGGCCCAAUAUUGGAAGGGACCUCAGUGCGAGGCAUCCAGAUAAAGAUGAGCAUUUUGCAGGAUGGUGCAGAGAUGCUCUGUCAAUGGACAGACUGCUCCCAAACGUUUGGAGAUGAGCUACUAUUGCAACGACACGUUAUCCGCGAUCAUGUUGGUAUGCACCAGCAUGACGUUGCAACAGGAGUUGGGGUAGGAGAAGCAGAGCAAGAAGAAGAAGAAGAAGCAGAAGCAGGAGCAAGAGCAAGAGCGCUGGAGUGCAUGUGGACAGACUGCGCAGACUCGAUGCAAGAAUUCAAGGACAGAGGCGAGAUCACAACGCACUUGCGGAGCCAUUUUGACGAGGAGCAGCAACAGCAGCAGCGUAACCACAGUAACAAUAACUCCUCGGCAGCAAUGAUGGGGGAUACAAUGGCAGUAGACCACUCUGACAUAAAAGGGAUUGCACUAGUGGCUGCACAUUUGUUGCGGCAACUCUCCAAGGAUCCUGAGAGCCAUGACUACUUUAUGCCGUACGAGCAGGAGCUCCUGGCCAUAGCUAAGAAACGCCCCAAACUGGCACCGCAUAUACGAUACAUGUUCUCCAACUUUAGCAUUUCCUGAUUUCCACCGUCUUCCUCUUCUUCUUGUAUGUUCUUGUUCCUUGCUAUCAUACAUGCUACAAAAACCCACUCCUUUUUCCUUCCCUUUUCCUCCAAUU